AUAAGUUUUUUUUCUUCUUCUAAUAACCCUUGUUUCGGACUGACCAAUGGACCAAAUCUGACUUCAUCCUUGGAUCUGCUCUGGCUCACAAUGGCUAAUCAGUUUGCAACGCCUCCCAACGGCUACCAAAUUUUGACAUCGAUGAGCGCUCGUUUUAGUAACAGGCUAUUCCAUGAAUGUCCAACAGCUCAUUUCCAGAGCGCCUAUGCAAACAACUCUUCACAGCAGCAUUAGAUUCAUCCUUUAUCACUUGAUGAAAGUUGUUCCAGUUCGGUCUACGAUGACCUCAAAACCCAAUGUAAGUUUGAAUGUAAAAAAAACUUUAUUCCACCUAAAAAAAAAAACUUUAAAAAAGUAUAUUUUAAAAAAGAGUGAUUUUUGAAAAAAUGUGGAGCAGAGAAAAUUGUUUAGAGGAGAGAUUGGAUGAAGACCACAAAGUGAGAAGAGGUAGAGGUACUCCUAAUACUAAUAGUAAUAGUCGUGUGUACAAGAUAAACCAUGGUUUUGUUUUAUUGUAUUUUGCUUAUAUAUAUGCCACAAGUUUCAAUCAAUUAAUUAAUUAAUUUAAUAAAGGUUGUAAUUGGAGUGAUUAUUAAGUUAAGGAAAUACUAGGAAAAAGGUGGGUGGUUCCGUGGUUUUUGUUAUUGGUUGGGUGACCUUUGGGGGUUUUGAAAGGCUAAUUUGUGUCUCAAUGCCAAUGGUCGUGUCUUUUCUCGUUUUCUUAAUCCUACAUGCAACCCUGUCAUGUUGAGUUCUAUAGAGGGAAUUAAGGACUUGUGAGUUUUCUUCAUUUUAAGAUCAAUAAAAAUGCUCCUAAUGUCUUCUUCUUCAAUUGUUUGUGGUAGUAGUAGUACCAAAUUUAUGGUACCAUUAUCAUUACCACCAUCUUUUAACAUCAAACAUAGGAAGAAAGGAUUGGUUUUUGAUUAUUGUGGUUUUAAUAAAAAUAAUAAAGUACUAGGAAGAAGGCAUGUGGUUAUUAAGGCAUCAAGUGACGUGGCAUCACCUUCCUUCUGGGAGAAUUUCAAACCUCCCAAAUCCUCUUCCACUCAUUCCUUCAGUGACAUUCUCUGGCCUUCUGCAGGGGCAUUUGCAGCAAUGGCCAUAUUGGGAAAACUGGAUCAGUUAUUGACACCAAAAGGUCUCUCAAUCACAGUUGCACCAUUAGGAGCAGUUUCUGCAAUCCUCUUUGCCACUCCCCAAGCCCCUUCUGCACGGAAGUACAAUAUGUUGAUGGCCCAAAUAGGUUGUGCAGCCAUUGGUGUCUUAGCGUUUACAUUAUUCGGACCUGGAUGGCUAGCCAAGAGUGCUAGCGUUGCAGCUUGUGUUGCUUACAUGAUUUACACAGACACUAUUCACCCCCCAGCCGUAAGCAUGCCGUUGCUUUUCAUUGAUGGUGUUAAGUUGCAACACUUGAGUUUCUGGUAUGUUUUGUAUCCCGGUGCAGCAGGAUGCAUUCUACUUUGUUUCAUUCAAGAGGUUGUUCUAUACAUGAAGAAAAAUUUCAAAUUCUGAUCCUACUUUUCACAACCAUGAUUGAUUGCUACAUCUCAUUAGCUCCGUUGGUAGCCAAGGACUAUCCUUCUGCUAUAUCUUCAAAAUUCCAAUUUGAAAUACCGAAGGUCGCAGGAGAACAUUCUUAGAUCAGAAUUCAAAACUGUAAGUAGUGAGCAUCCUCCAACCGAAAAUAAAAUAGUGUCCUAGAUUUUCUUCCAGAACCAAAGCUCCAGUGGAAAUUAUGCGGACGGUUCAAAUUUGCUGCUCUCAAAUUGCAACAUUGUAUCGGAAUGAGUUCAUUGUGUGUAUAUUGUAUCUUAUCUGUAAUUUUAUUGACAAUAUUACUUGUAUACAUUGCUUCUCAAUGGUUUCUCAUCUGUUAUCUUGCUUAUAAAGUUUCUAUUGAAAUUUUAACCAA